UAUUCAAUAUCCAUAAAAUGUUGUAGGCGAUAAUUUCAGAACAACGGGUGCACUCUAUGUGAUGCGUGUCCUCUCACUCCUCACUGUACUGGCGAUAGGUUUAGACGGGACUGUCACCGCUGAAGAUACCAAAGAUGUUCCUAUCGAAGUACUCAACCUCACUGUGUACGAUAUACCCAACAAAUUAAUCGAGUUGUUCAAUGGCGACCAAAACAAGAGCAGAAUCAAAGAUUUGAAAGAAAAACUAAAUCACAUCAACCAUUAUGUGAUCGACCACAAUCUGAUCGGAGAAGUCCUAAAUAAUGUCACGUCAGAGACCAACUUGAAUGAAACUAACUUCUACCAGGCACUCAUGGAUGCGGACCACUUCUCAUACUUGACAGCAAACGAAUCCAAGAAUGUAAUCUUGAAGCUGAAGGAAAAGAUGACACGGGACGACAUACUGAAGAUCGUCGCAGAAAAAGCUUCGCGGGAGAAGCUGAUGAAGUCGGCCAGGAGAAUGAUGGAAGAUCCCAUUCCUCAGCACAACGAUGAAGAGAUGAUGAACGAUGUAGUGGACAAACUCAUCGCAGAAACUCCGUUUGACAACCAUAAGACGAAAGAAAACAAAAGUGUUUAUUGGGAUCCUCAAAAGGAGUUGGAAGCGAAGCAGAGCUACCUGCAGAACAAGCGCAGCGGGCGGCGCAUCUACCGCGGCGAGCGGACCAACAUCAGGAACUUCCCGUUCAUGGCGUCCGUGCACCUCAUGGGCAGGUUCUGGUGCGGAGCCGUGAUAUACUGGCAAGACCUGUGCAUUACCUCCGCGUCCUGUCUACAGUUAUUACACAACAAUCGCUUCUUCCGCGAGAACCCUCGAAUACUGCAAGUGAGGAUAGGCAGUAACCACAGCAGGAUUGGAGGAGAGAUGGUGGAUGUCCUUGAGGUGUACUUCCACCCCGGCUACAACCCGCGGACGUUGAAGUCCAACCUGGCGGUGAUCCGGCUGCGGCGGCACAUUCGCUUCACGAAGCACGCGGUCACCAAGUACAUCGCCAUCGACAACCACAUCCACGCGCCGCCCCCCACCGCCGCAGUGUUGCUGCUGGGCUGGGGAGUCACCAAGAUAUCGCAGAAGUUGUCGUACGAGCCGAUAUUCUUGCAGAAGAAAGUGUUGCCGGUGUAUCCAAAUGCUUUCUGCAAAGAGGUCUAUGGGGAUAAGUUCAUACCAGAGAAUAUGUUUGCCAAGUCAUUAUCGAGCACCAUAUGCUGAUAUAUUCUAUUAAUGAUGUUCCAGCACGAUGCUGGUGGGCCGGCGAUCCUGGACGGGCGACUGGUGGGCGUCAUAUCGUUCGGCCCCACUGUCUGCGGGUUCGCUGACGCCCCCACUGUCUUCACCACCGUCGGCGCCUUCACCGACUGGAUAGAAACCAUCAAUGAGACUAUGCAUGAAUACUACACCGGCCCGGCCCGCACCACGACCACGACCAAGUCUCCCCUCAACCAGUUCCUCGCGACGUACAGGCUCGCCCAGGGGCGGCCGCAGACUUCAUACGUGCCUGCGAUCACGUCUGCUCCGGAGUCAGGGGAGGUGACGGACGCACCACCAGCUAUCGACCUACUCCGGCAGCGCCACAACACUGCCAGGGAGCAGACUGUACCAGUCACUCACCACGCACUCCGAGAGAGGGACGACUCUGAUGGAGGCUGGAGUAUUGAUUUGACCCUUUAAAUACAUAAUUCUGUUUUUAUUUA